AUGAAUGUGCGUAUUUUAGGCACAGUACAGCAGUGCGGUAACAGAGUUUAUUCAUUUGUAGAUCGUUGCUCAUCCAAAUUCUUUUAUUUUCAUCAUAUAGAUGAGUUUGCUAAUUCAGCAGAAGAUGUUAAACUUAUUUGUUUGCGAUCUGCUCAUCACGAUAACACUUCUAUAGAUCAACUACAACCAAUCGGAAUUGACACAUAUGAGUUUGAUGAUGUUGACGAAUGUGUUCAAUAUAUUGUGUCACUCGAUCCAGAAGAUACAUUCGUUUUCAUAUGGCUUGGUUUCGGAUGGAAUCAUCUCAUUCCCAUCUUACAUCAGUUCGAACAGAUUCAUUGCAUCUAUCUUCAUGAACCAACUCAUCAUAAGUUCAUGUCAAAAGUCCACGGAGUAUUCACUCAUCCUGAUGAACUACUUCAGCAACUCGUUCGAGACAUUCGUGUGAGUCAAGAGAGUCAGUCCACACAUCUCAAUGUGUUCUACAAUCAAGAAACAACAACCAUUCACAAUCCACAAGGAAAUCCUAUUCAAGCGAUAUGGUCUGAGGUACUUUUACAAGGUCUCAUGCGCAUGCCAACACCCUCUACAAACGUCUAUGGAGAAAUGAUCAAAGAAGCGCGCUACUUUUAUCGCAACAAUUCAGUUCAACUUGCCCAAAUCGAUGAUUUUGAAAAGAACUAUCGUCGUGAAGAUGCCAUUCGAUGGUAUUCGCGUGAUUCAUUUGUGUAUCGAUUAGUGAACAAAGCUCUUCGAACUCAAAACUUGGUGAUUCUGUUUAAAUUUCGAUUUAUCAUUCGAGAUAUCUAUGAACACUUGAAGAAACUCUACCAUAAGCAAUACCUCACUAGACAGUCCAACAACGAGGAAGCAUCGACGAUAAAACUAUACCGUGCGAUGAAGGUAUCAUCUGGGGAAAGUUAUCGACUUCGAUCAUGUAAAGCUGGUGGAAUUCUAUCAAUCAAUUCAUUUGUAUCAACAUCACUCGAUCCUGUUGUUGCAAUGGCGUACUUGGGUGAUGAUUUGGAACGAGACAUUAUGCUUGAAAUUAUCAUCGAUAAGCGAUUACUCAAUUCAAGCAUACAUCCAUUCGCUUGUAUUCGUUCACUCAGUAAGAUAUCUGAUGAAGAAGAAGUGUUAUUAUCGAUGGGAACAACUCUUCGAAUCGAAUCAGUUUCGACAAGUAAUCGACAGUAUAGAAAUAGUUGUAUUCAGGCUCGAUUAUCUUAUGAUAUGGAUCGAGAAUUGAAAGAGUUACGAGAAUUUAUUCUCGAAGAGCAGUUACUUUGUGGUAUGAGCGAGUCAUUUUAUAUUUUUCAGCUUUGCACAAUUCUCUUCCCAGCGAAUGACUUAGAAAGAGUGAAACAGGUACAAGUGCUGUGUGCACAGAGGAAUCAUAGAAAUGUAGGAAAUAUUUGCCAAUCGAUAUUCGAAAUGCGCAAUUUAUUAACUGAUCUUAAUUAUUCGGACAGCGUGAUACCCGAUCUCUUGAGAGCAACUUCUGAUCUGGUAACGUCACUUAGCACUUCUAUGGAUGAAAUAGAUCCGUCUGGGACUACAAAGCGCAUGAUGUCACCACUCUUGCAAUGUUUCACAAAUUUCCCGCGCUGCUUGAAGUCCAACGAUGGUUGGGGUCAACUAGAUCAACAGCUAUCCACAUUAAUUGUCUACGUAAAAGACAUAUGCGAGUCAUUCUCAAUACCACUAUCACAUCCGAUGUUCUCCAAUAUACAGGUUUUGAAGAGUGGAAUCGAAAUUAAUCGGGGUAAUCACGAGAAAGCUUUACAAUGUUUUCUGACUGCACAGCCAUCAUCAACUGGUGCCCUAUUAAAGAAUGUUGGCACUGAAAAUCAAUGGAUUUUGACGAGUAUUAUCAAAAGUGCUACUGCUCUAGGUAGAAACGAUUACUCAGAAAAUAUCCUAGAGGAUCUUCAUGAUUCGGCCAAACCUCAAGCACACGUACUGAAAAUUUCAGCUGACUAUCAUAUGGAUAAAAAAGAUUGGCCGAUGGCAAUUAUGUAUUAUCGGCAGAUAAUUGAAGACUGCAACUUGCCAGUUAACUCAAUCUUAAUUGUCGAAGCAUAUUGUUCCAUUGGUCGUGCUUUCUUCCAACUGCGUGAUCUCGAAUCAGCAUCACUGAAUUUCAAUCGCGCACAUCGGCUCUUAUUACAACAUCACUCACCUACCCACACUCUUUUGGGUGAAAUAGAAUCUUUUAUUCAGUGGACUGAAAUGCUACGAAACCUUAAAUAG